AACACAUAAAUUAUAAAGAGAUAAAAUGGGUGGUUUUGUGGAUAGUAAUGUUUGUAUAAACAUUAUUGCCGUGAUGAGUUUGAUCAUCUCAAGUUGCAUUAUGGGGGAAAAUAUUUCAGAUCCAAAGUGUGACUCACCUUUGCCAUCUCAUGCAAUUCCAGUUUACGAAUCGGACGUGGACUCGAUACAAUUUGCCCUAAAUCUGGAGUACCUUGAAGCAGAAUUCUUCUGUUGGGGUUCCAUGGGUGUUGGACUCGAUGUGCUUGCACCCUAUUUGGUAAAGGGUGGACCUUCUCCCAUUGGUGUCCAAAAGGCUAAUCUCGACCCUCUCGUCUCCAGCAUCAUCAUGGAAUUUGCUUUUGAAGAACUUGACCACUUAAGGGCCAUAUGGUCGACCGUUGGAGGGUUUCCAAGGCCAUUGUUGGAUCUAAGUCCUCACAAUUUCGCAAACAUUUUUGACAUGGCAUUUGGAUAUAACCUCAAUCCACCGUUCAACCCUUAUCGCGAUAGCCUUAGUUACAUGUUGGCAUCCUAUGUCAUUCCUUACAUGGGCCUAGUAGGUUAUGUCGGAGCUAAUCCUCUUCUUAUUGGCUAUAAAUCUAAAAGGCUUUUGGCAGGACUAUUGGGUGUAGAAGCUGGACAAGAUGCGGUGAUAAGAACAUAUCUUUACGAGUUAAAGGAGGAAGUUGUGAAGCCAUACAACAUAAGUGUUGCGGAAUUCACUACGCGAAUCUCAGAGCUUAGAAACAAAUUGGCUGCUUGUGGUAUACGUGACGAACCUAUUAUUGUGCCGCCUCAAUAUGGUGCAUAUAACCGUUCGGAGACCAAUAUUCUCUCAGCCGAUUACUAUUCUUUAUCUUACGCUAGAACUCCUGCACAAAUUCUUAGAGUUGUUUACGGUACUGGCGACGAGAAUUGUCCGGGAGGAUUCUUUCCUCAUGGUGCCAAUGGAACUAUAGCUAGGUCAUAUCUAAUCAAAUAAACCAUAAUAAUAAUCAUUCCUAAUUUGUAUGAAUAAAUAUGAGUAUUAAAUUUAAAUAAAAUAAAAUAUUGGGGAUGAAAUUGUUAAGCCAUCUGUAAGGGUUACACCAUACAUUAAUUGUUUGUCAAGUUUUCUAUU